AUGAUCGGAGCUCCGAUGACGCAAACAGUCGAACGAGCGAUGGAAAUUCAAUUUCUUGGAUCAUUCAUGGACGAGGGUUUGGGGAUCUUGAUGGCCAGUCCGAAAAGAAAUACGGGCCUAUUUCUCAUGUUCAAACCAUUCACAAUCAACGCAUGGUUAAUGUGCCUGGGCUCGGUAUUUCUCUCCGCUUUCGUCCACUGCAUGAUUCAGCGUUGCUAUCUGACUUAUGCUGGAACGUAUCCUGUGAUACCGAGAGAGAUCUGUUUGCGAGAGCACACAUGGUCUUAUGUUCGUAGCCUCUUGGCUCUAGGUCCCGAGUGGUAUCCGACGAUGUCAGCUUCGCGUGUUGUGAUCAUGUUAUUCUGGACAUUCACGUUACUUAUGCACGCAUUCUGGCAGGCCGAUAUCACUGCUCAUCUAACCCGUGAAGUGUUUCGCCUACCAUUCAAUACCCUGGAGGAAUUGGCUGCGCAGGACAAAGUUAGGCCGUUAGACCUGUUACUUCGGGUUGUCACAGAAGCAGACCAAAACGCAACCGAGGGUUCCGCGUAUCGAAAUUUGUAUGAAAAAUACCGCGGUCAUAAAAUGCAUCCGCGGAAUAUAACACACGCAAUCGAGAUAUUAUUGAACGAUGCGAGCUACGCGUUGAUAAGCACCUACAACCUGAUACACUACGCAACACAAAAACACUGUGGUCGGCUGAUGCUUUCUGAUCGGGCUCAGGUGCAAAACAAUAUCGGAUUUGCUGUACUGCCUGGUGCGACCUUUGUUUAUCAGCUUUCAAGUUAUAUGACACUGAUGAAAGAGACAGGAAUCACACGUCGAUUGGAAGCAAAGUGGUGGUUUCAGAAUGAUAUUUGUUCCUCUGACGAAACACGCUAUCGAGCGCUGAAUUUUCGCGAUGUUGGCGGUGCAGUGAUUAUCCUGGUGUUCUGCAUUCUACUGGGUUGCCUAACGCUCGGUUUGGAGAAAUUCUGGUGCCUCUUCACACGUUUUCGUUGUGCUACCGUGGCUCCGGAAGAAACGACCGAUUUGCCGAAUCCCCGAACAUCUGUGGAGAAGCCAAAAUAA